GCUGUUGCACAACCUGCUCUUCUCGUCGACCUCGUCGAUUCGGGAUCACUGCUGAAGUUCAACAACCGGCGAGUUCGUCCCGGAACUGCUUUAGCUAUGGAAGACCAAGCUAUUCCAGACCAGCCUGCAAUUGGUGGCACGGAGGAGACCCUACCUAUUGAACCCGGGCCAGCCGCUGAAGCCCCUGUCGAGACACCGCCCAAGAAGAAAGCACGUCGCAGCGGCUUCACGAAGAAAGCGGCAGCCAAUGCUGAAAGACCGCCAUGUCAUCUUACGGGGAUGCCAGUCGAGAUCCUCGCCGAGAUACUGUCGUAUAUCCCCUCGCCCGCUACCAUCCUCGCUCUGGCACGGUGCUCCAAGUAUUUCUGCAAUACUCUCGUCAACAAUCCCUCGACCGCAUUCGUCUGGCGCGAGGCGCGCAAGAGGUGUGCUCAGUCAUAUAAGCUACCGGAGCCGACACCGAAUUUCACGGAGGCAUCGUAUGCUGCGUUCGUAUUCGAUGGCGGGAAGUGCGAGCUUUGCGGGAAGCAUACUCGGCGGAUGUACGAGUCAUUUUCUUUGCGUUUCAGAGUAUGUGAGAAGCCACAAUGUAAGACUCUGUGGAGUCAAGGGAGCAUCAUCCAAGUCGGCACGGCGGUCGAGGUGACGAUUCACCCUCGCUACAAAGAAAUCUUAGCGUGGCUUCCCCGUCUCGAGGCAUGGGAUGAAACAAGUAUGCGCGUGCGUAAGCAUGACUGGCAAGCCGCAGUAGACGAAUACAACAGGGCGCUUCUAGAGCCCGAGACGAUGGAUGAGUUUUUGGCGAAGAAGCAGGCAGUCGCAAACAGACUGAAAGAUCUGUUCGAGCUCUCGAAGAAGUUGAAAAACUUCAGUAGUAGUUGGGAGACGCGUUUGAAGGUCGUGAGGGAGGCUAAUGAGGCGAAGGCAAAACUGAUCGCCAUACAGGAGGGAUGGACGGCAUUUGAGAUGAUGGGGACUCCGACCUACGGUCUGUUACAUCGUUCCAAAACGGCAGUCCUCGAGGUCAUAACCUCGGCAGACUUCGCCUUGAUGCGAGACCAAGUUGACAAGGAGAUCGCAGAACACAGGGAGCGCGUGGCACGGCGCAGAGUGGAAGCAGGUUACCAGAAACGGAGAGAAGACGUAGCCGCGCAUUACACUCGACUGAAGUCCGCACCGGUCAAGGACACACUCCCGACGCUGCCUGAGUUCAGGAAGCUCUCGGUUAUGAAGGUCCUCCAAGGCAAGGCGAGCGAUGUUAACGAAGGGAUCCGCAAAGAGCUCAAGAAUAGCAAGCUGGUGCACGAGCUGCUCUCAGAGAAUCUGCAACAAUGGCGCGAGGAUGUAAGGGGCGCUCUCGCGGGCGUGCUAGGGUUCGCUGGCUGGAAGUCGGCGAGUAAGAACAAGCUGCACCCGGUCGAUAGGCUGACGGCAAGGUUCAUCUGCAAGAAAUGCAUGUCGAAGGGGAAGGGUAAUGACGGCCUGGACUUCGCGGCUGCUUGCGAGCAUCGAUGCGCCGGGCUGAACAAGAAGCAGAGGGCAAGGAAGACGUGGGACGCCAACCUCUUUCAACCAGAUACUAAGGCUAUCGACACCGUGAACGAGAUCUUGGUGCUGAUCGGGACCAACGCUGAAGAUCCAGUGUCGAAGGUCAAAGUGGAACGCCUUGAGGAGCGCUUGUUGUGCACGGCCUGCCCCGCUCCGAUCGCUAUGAGCCUCGAUAUCGCUAUCCGCCACUGCAAGCGACACGACAACCCCACCUUCGAGCCCGUGGGCGGAGUCGACGCAAGGCUGGAAGCGUACGGAACGCAUCCUAUUCCGAUAGGUCUGGCAGCACGGCUGUUGAAGUAUGACGACGACCAUCGUGAGGAGCGCGCCAAGAAGGUGUACGCCUGUCGGCAUUGCCAACCGACUGCAAAGCAAGGUAUUCCGGCGGGAAGGGAGCGCGAGUCGACCGCUGUGGCGAGUACAGUCGCUGAAGCGAUGCCUCUGGACGGAAUUGAGGGGGCGACAGAAACGCCUACAAUAGGCACCGACAACGAGACAAGGACACUUGACAUGGAGGGCGCUGAUCAUAACGUGGCUGCCGAUCACCAACCACAACAGGUUGAGGCUGCUGCUCCCGAAAGCAGCGCUGCCAAACCCGCUUCAGACGCAUGUAGGAAGAAGGCUGAGAGGCAGGCAAGGAAACUGGCGAAGGAGAAAUUGUACAUCUUCGACGGGUUGAGAUCGCACCUGAAAGAGAAGCAUGGUAUUCUACGCAUUGGAGAUGAAGAUAUCUACACUGUGCCGAGCUCGGCGUAGGAGUUCUAGGGUCCACGUUUUCCGUGCGGGACCUUUUGUAUGAAAUGGAAUUGCUAUAUUGUAUGACCUUCCUUGAUACACCUGCUCAUGCUUCUCAGAUUUCUAGGCAGCAGUUUAGACACACCCCAUAUUCACUACUUCGCAUGUGGCCAAAUGCCGAGCUCUGAGCUG